CUCUCUGCUCAACCCUUGUCCAUGAGCACCUUCCACGUAACGACAAAACAUUAUUGGACCACCGAACUUUUGAGAGGGAAGAAACAAGACGAGAGUGAUUUCUUUGAAAAUUGAAUAGGAGAAGCUGGAUUAUAAAAACAAUAAAACGCAACCCUAGACAAGUUUCUGAGUUCAGGCAAUCUUGGGGAGACAUGGGUUGCCCCAAUGCUCGCAAAUGCUAUAAAACCUCGAGAUUGGUUGGACCAUGCCUCCCUCCCACUCCUUGAAGUCUCAAAUUUCUCAAAAUCCUUCUGCCUUGGCUUAUGUUGUGUCCCAAACUGAUGGAUAUGCCUCGUCCAUAAAACAUUUAAUGCCACCUCAUGGUUGAACCCGCUCUGGUUUCUCGUCGUUCUCUUCAGCAUCCUCAAACAUAGUCCCCAGCUAGUCCCUCAUGCUCACUGCCCACGCUAGUCCUAUGGAAUCCAGAGCCAAAACUGAUCGAGUCAAACAGCUUGGAGAGCUUCUCCAAGAAGAGCAAGAGCCUUUUGUUCUUGAAGUGUAUCUUUCGGAGAGACGGUAUGCGAACAGGAGCGGGUCUUUGAGGAGGUCGAGCAGCAGCGGUCAACAGACGAGUCGAAAGAGCAUUGUUCGGCUUUCGAAGUUGCUGAGAACUGUCUACAACAAGGUUGCCUCUUUAAAUGGGAAGAAGCAUGGAGUGAAGAACGGGGAAAGAAGUGAAGAGACUGGUAUUGCUGAUGCUAGUACUAAACAGGAAGCCGGCGAUGCUGACAGAUUUUCCAUGUCCAGCGAUGUGACGACUUACUUUUCUUGCUCCGAGAGCGAUAAAGAAGGAAAACACGCUUCUUCAGAAAACGAGCAUGCAUCAUAUGACUCAAUCUGUCUUCAGAAUUUGAACAACGCAAAGAAGGAACAGGGUGAGAAGGAUUCAACGAUCCAAUGGAGCGUAGAGAAGGACAAGGAGCAGUUCGACCAUGUCUCGGUGACGGAACAAGCGAAUUACCUCGCGCCCCUUCAUGAUUGGCAGCAGGAUUUGCAGCAUCCUCCUGCAAGGCAAGAGGCCAGUGCGCCAACUUGCAAAAUUGUCCUGCCAAUGAAGAUGAUUGAAGAUUCCGUAUUUUCUGCUUCCAUCUUGGAAAUACUAUUCCACUGCUCAAAAGACAAGCAAAGCUUCACCAGAACAGAAGAAGCCAGCCAGGCCUCGGACUCGAACGCUUCGUACAGUUACUUGAACUCGAAAAUGAUAUUGCAGCAGACAAAGCGGCUUCUGUUCGAUUGUGUGAAGGAAAUUAUACAGACCCAUGAGCGGAAGGAGAAAGCGAAACGACACAACCGAGUUGCCUUGGGGCCCGAGGAGAUCGGGAAGCUCAUAUGCGACAAGAUCGUGGCGUGGGGCAGAACAUCCAGAGACGAAACGAGCACGACCGAGCUGCUCUCUUCGGACUACUCGGAUACAGUAGAAGAAUGGGAGGAUUGUGCUCUACAAAAGAGGCAAAUAAGUAGGGAAGUUGGAGAUGCUAUCGUAGAAGAGAUCACAAACGAAAUUGUUCUAGACAUGAUUGAUUUGCAGUUACCAAGGAUGUGAUUACUUGCAAAAAAGCAAAAUAUUAAUAGAUCCUCAAACAUUUGCUUAGACAUC